GCACCACAAAAAGUAGAAUCAAGAAUUGUGAAUGGAACAGAAGUUAUGGAGGGACAGUAUCCCUUUGUGAUCUCCUUAAGAUAUGAUGGAAACCAUUCCUGUGGUGGUACUGUUCUUAAUAAGGAAUGGGUCCUUACUGCAGCACACUGUGUGUAUCGCAUAGACCAAACAAGGCUGAGUGUGUUUGCUGGGUCCAUUCGACUGGAUGAUGAUACGGUACCCCUUAUACCAGUCUCCGAAGUUAUUGUUCAUGAAGAUUACAACAAAACUCUCUCAGUUAAUGACAUUGCAGUCUUAAAGUUGUCUGAGCCACUUUCUCUUGGCCCAAGAGUACGCCCAACAGAGCUUCCACUGGAUUACCAGAGUACAUUUGUGGGCACACCAGCCACAGUUAUUGGAUGGGGGCUACCUUAUACUGGAGGUGAAGUUGUGAAUGUAUUACAAGCAGUGGACAUCAUUGUGUGGUCAAACAGAAAAUGUAGAGAAGCCUAUUCUGAUGCUCCAAAGCUAGUUCUGCCUUCAAACAUCUGCGCUGGGGUCCCUGAAGGAGGAAAAGGACAGUGUAGUGGAGAUUCUGGUGGUCCACUUAUAGCAAAUGGUUACCAGGUUGGAAUUGUUUCAUGGUCAAGAAAACCUUGCACUAUUAAAGGAUCUCCUGGUGUUUUCACACGAGUAGCCUACUAUGUUGACUGGAUUAGAGAAAAAACAGGAACAGGCUGGAUCCCUAUUUUUAUAUAUUAAUUGUUGUAUUCUCUUAGUUUCUGGGAUUAUUAUUUAGUAAAAUAUAAGGAAGUAAGAAAAGAAACUUGUGAUUUAUAUAAAGGAAUUUUGUUGUGUGUUAUAAUUAAAGCUAACUAUUAUACAUCAGUUGUACAAACAUAAUUAAUGCUUGUUAUGUCAUCGAAAUCUGUGUAUGCCUUUACAUGUUGUCACCUUAGUCUGUCUGAACUGAGAUACAAGACGUAAGGUACUUACUGUUCUGCCAAGGCCGUCAGGUAUUCCUACCAAUUCUAAGAUGGAGGAUAUGGAGAGUAAUAACUUAUGUGCCUGUAAAUGAUCUAAUGUGAUCUAAUCUCAUACUCACAAUAGUUAUGUAAACAUCAAGUGCUUGACUGCAAAAGAUUCAUUCACCUGUUUUAAAAAUGUUCAUUAAAAUUUUGAAACUA